AUGGCUAUUGAAGAAGAACAAAUUGAAAUUAUAAUUCCAAAUGACGCAAUCUCAGAAAUAGAUGAAAAUAUACCACAAAAUCAAAAUGGAAAGUUAGCUUCAUUAAAGGCCUGGUUAAAAAAAUCACUAGAUGAAACAGCACGGAAGUACUUAUCUAGUGAUACUCACUCUGCUUUAUAUCAGAUUUAUGAUAUGUUUAAGAAGCAGAUGAAUGACUUUAAUACUGUUGACGCAAUAGCUGGAACUUUGUAUAUCUAUGUCUUAGAUAUUCCAUUGUUAGACAAGAUUUAUCUGAUUCAUCAAGGGGUAGAGUCAGCCAGACUAGAACCACAGCCAAUUGAAGAACACUUAAAAAGACUUUUUGAAAUAACUCGAUACACUAUUGGAAUUUACGGAGUAAUGGGAUUAAAGCCAAAAGAUCUUGUAGAAAAUGUAGAAUUUAAAACAGAAGAAUUUAAUUUAACAGUCUUUCUUAAUCAUACAAAAACUAAAAAAGAAGAGGUUGUUGAAUACAACGCAUCUGCAAAUACGUAUGAUCCAAGUUAUCUUAUUUGUGUAAAAAAAUCCAUGAACGCUAUUCUUAUAGUACUAAGAGGAACAUUAUCUAUUUCCGAUUUAAAUGUAUUUGGAAUUGAAGGGUUAUGUCAUUCUGGUAUAUUCCAUGCUGGUAAGAGAAGGUUUGUUUCACUUGCAUCUAAAAUGGAGAUGCUUCAUAACCUAUAUCCAGAUUAUCAAAUAAUUAUUACAGGACAUUCUUUAGGGGGUGGUGUUGGUAUUGUAUUAUCUGCGUUGUUGUUGGAGACGUAUCCAGAUUGGGAUAUAAAGUGUUUUGCUUUUGCACCAGCAGCUGCAUUUUCUAAAGAAAUUGCAUGUUGUAAACAUAUGAAAAAUAUGGUAAUUAGUUUAAUUAAUAAUAAUGAUAUUGUCCCAAGACUAAGUUUAGGUAGUUUUGAGUAUUUUAAAGGAAUGAUCAAAUGUGUUAAAGAUAUUAUUGGAAUACAUGCUAAAGAAUUGCUUGUUGAUUCUGUUAAACAAGUCGAGAAUCCAAUGACAACUGCAAUAAAAAUUAUUGGAAAUAAAAAAGAUGAAUUAAUUCAAGCAAUAAACUUAAUCAAUACAACUCAUCCCCCUUUUAUUCCUUCUGGUAGAGUGAUUCAAAUGAUUCCAGGAAAGUCAGUGUCUAAGCCAAUUUCUCCAGAUGGAAUUGAAUUAGAAGACUUAACUAAACCAAGUGAAGACCUCCCUCAAUGGUUUGAAGUACCAAACGAAGCAUUUGGGAGAAUAUUACCAAAGAUGUCAAUGUAUCUUGACCAUAUCCCUCAUUCUUAUGAAUCUAUUGUGAACGAUUGUAUUAAGGAGAUUGGAAAGUUUGACUUUAAUGAACCUCAAACUAACGGAACUGAUCUGUUAUGA